CUUUGGUCGACGCGAAAGCGAGUUUUUGGUCCGCGAGAGGCCCAAAUUUGCAUCGCUGACGCAUUAGAGAACGCCAAAAGCUCCGCGGCAGCGUUAAGUGCUACGCACUCCACGCCAAGCCACGCCACAUCGCGCCACAAGACUCCGCGAGCACAAGCCGCUUUUGGCGCCUCCUCAGACGCCCGAGCUGCAAAGAUUGGGCUCAGCCAGAAGCAGCGCGCAGCGAUCCGCAAGAGAGGAAAGGAGAAAGAAGAGAAGAUGCCGCGCCAAGCCAAAGGAAAACGCGGCCAGUCGCCACCGGCCGCCACGACGAACUUCGCCAAUCAAAAAGCCGCGUCCCAAGCCGCCACGAACUCCCUGAAUUCGUUGAGAAGAGUAGAUCCUUCCAUCGUCGAGAUAUUAGCGAGUGCCACACAUGCGACGUUGUACAACUUCGGGGCGGACCAGGAGUGGGAGCGCGCCGACGUCGAAGGACCUUUGUUCAUUGCGGCGCGAAAUGCGCAUCCGCGGGUGCGUUUGGUAGUGCUGAAUCGGCUGAGCAUGACGAAUAUGGUGGAAGACGUCGAUGAGACCUUCGAGCUGGAGGUUGUUGACAGAUACUUAAUCUUUCGUCGAUCUGAUGAUGAGACGCGCAUCAGGGGCCUCUGGUUCCACUCUCUGGAAGAACACGCGCGCAUGGGCGAGAUUCUGGAGCGGCUCGUCGAGGAGGCCCAGCAGCCGCCGCCGCCGCCGCCACCGGCCGCUCCUGCAGUUGCGGCGUCGUUGAUGGGCGCCUUGUCGGUCAACGAGCCCGCGGCGCCGUUGCUAUCGCCCUCGCUCUUCGCGCCGCCGGCGCCGGCGCCGGUCGUACCUCAAAAGCCGGCGGCGCCGUCCCUAGACCUGGCGACGUUCAAGGACGUGCUCCGCGAGCUCGUCGAGGACGACGCCUUCAUCCAGGAGCUCCACUACCGCUACCAGGACAAGCUCCAGUCGGCCUAGGCGGGGCGCAUUUUAAUUAGUCCUGAAGCUA